GCCCUGAUGGAGAAGCCGCCUGAAGGUUCAGGUGCGGUGGCGCCCUAGUCGCUGUCUUUUGCUUGUGUGUAAGAGGGAGAGAAUGUGAUGUGGCCUACCUCGCGUUCCGUAGAGGCCGGUGACGUCACCCGCGGGUGGGAUUUGCUGCGGCAUUGAAGAGAGAGCUCAGCCCGGUCGGGCGAUGGAUGGAGGAGUGGCGGCUGCAGCAGCAGCAGCAGCGGGGCCAGCCGGGGUGGAAGAGGACUGGAGAUGCCUGGGAUGCGGAGACAGCAUUGCAGCUGGUCAGAGACUCUACAGAACUGUCAAUGAAGCUUGGCAUGUCACCUGCUUCCGCUGCUCAGAAUGCCAGGACCUUCUCACAAACUGGUACUAUGAAAAGGAUGGGAAGCUCUAUUGCCACAAGGACUACUGGAGGAAGUUUGGAGAAUCUUGCCAUGGCUGCUCUUUGCUGAUGACUGGACCUGUGAUGGUUGCUGGUGAAUACAAGUACCACCCAGAAUGCUUUGCCUGUAUGAGCUGCAAGGUGAUCAUUGAAGAUGGUGACACGUAUGCUUUGGUGCAGCACUCUGUUCUUUAUUGUGGCAAAUGCCAUAACCAGAUUGUGCUGACACCGAUGAUAGAGAGACUGUCCACGGAGUUGUUAUGUGAACAGCUGCCCUACACACUGACGCUCAUCUCUAUGCCAGCAGCCACCGAUGGCAAGAGAGGAUUGUCGGUGGCUGUCGAUGGUGGCUGUUCAAACUACGCCACCAGUGUCCAAGUGCAAGAAGUCAACCGAAUGCAUAUUAGUCCUGAUGUCCAGAACGCUAUUCAUCCUGGAGACAGGAUCUUAGAAAUAAAUGGAACCCCGAUUCGCACACUACAAACAGAAGAGGUAGAGGACUUGAUUCGCAAGACGAGCCAAACUCUUCAGCUCUUGAUUGAGCAUGACCCCGUUUCUCAACGCCUGGGCAGACUGCGCCUGGACUCCCGGCUGCCCCCACGUAUUAAAAAGCCCACCUCUCCCUGUCCUAUUUCCCCUCUGGAUUUAAAGGAAAAUCUGCAAGGAACGUUGCGCCGUCGCUCCCUCAGGCGAAGCAACAGCAUUUCUAAGUCGCCUGGCCCCAGCUCCCCAAAGGAACCACUCAUCCUCAACCGUGACAUCAGUCGUUCUGAAUCCCUCCGCUCCUCAACCAGCUGUUCCCAACAGAUCUUCCGGCCUUGUGAUCUGAUCCAUGGUGAGGUGUUGGGGAAAGGCUUCUUUGGCCAAGCUAUUAAGGUGACUCACAAAGCAACAGGGCAAGUGAUGGUGAUGAAGGAGCUGAUCCGCUGUGAUGAGGAGACACAAAAGACCUUCUUGACAGAGGUGAAGGUGAUGCGCAGCUUAGACCACCCCAAUGUGCUGAAAUUCAUUGGUGUGUUAUAUAAGGACAAGAAACUUAAUCUUCUGACUGAGUACAUUGAAGGAGGGACCCUGAAGGACUUUCUCCGGAAUGUGGAUCCAAUGCCCUGGGAGCAGAAGGUCAGUUUUGCCAAAGGAAUUGCCUCGGGAAUGGCUUAUCUGCAUUCGAUGCGCAUCAUUCACCGAGAUCUGAAUUCUCAUAACUGCCUGAUCAAACUGGACAAAACAGUUGUGGUUGCUGACUUUGGCCUGUCCAGACUGAUUGUGGAAGAGAAGAAGAAGCCAAUCCUGGAAAAGCCAUCAGCCAAGAAGCGAUCUUUGCGCAAGAGUGACCGGAAGAAGCGCUACACUGUCGUUGGGAACCCCUACUGGAUGGCACCAGAGAUGCUGAAUGGGCAGAGCUAUGAUGAGACAGUGGAUAUAUUUUCUUUUGGCAUUGUACUCUGCGAGAUCAUAGGACAGGUGUAUGCUGAUCCAGAUUGCCUCCCUCGCACACUGGAUUUUGGACUCAAUGUGAAGCUCUUUUGGGAGAAGUUUGUUCCUGCAGACUGCCCUCCUGCUUUCUUCCCUCUGGCAGCCAUCUGCUGCAGGCUCGAGCCAGAGAGUAGGCCCCCAUUUUCAAAACUGGAGGAUUCUUUUGAAGCUCUCUCUCUUUAUCUGGGAGAACUGGGAAUCCCUCUUCCCUCAGAACUGGAGGAACUGGACCACAAUAUCAGCACGCAGUAUGGGCUUAUCCGGGACAAGCUACCUAGCAACCUCACUUAGUCCUUGUGGCUUUCUGCAUCCUUUCCAUCGAUGGCAGCUUUUGAGGCAAGAACUGCUCCUCCCACACUUCACCAGGGCAUUAAUCAGGCAGGCCCAGUUUUUUGGCCUCUUCCUCUCAACUUCCUCCAGCUCUCUCCUGUGGACUUGUGGCACAUUUUUGUAGCAGAAGGAAGUUUGCCUGCCAGUGGCUUCAGUAACUGAUUGGAAUUGAUUGGAAACACUACCCUUGAGGCCUACUUCUUUGGGAGGGUCACCUUAUUACUGCGGUGCCUUAGAACUUCAAUAGACUACAAGGUGUGAAGAAGUGUGGGUAUUUUUGUCCAAGAAAGCAACGUGUUUGAGGUGGUAGAACUGUCAGGAACCCAGAAAUGCUGCUUCCAGAUAACUCUACUUCCCUGAUCCAACGGAGCCUGACUAAAGCCCCGGACACUUAGUAGGAAACCUUGCAGGAGUUUUAGCCUUCUGGUUAAAGCUCUUGGUAUCAGGAAAUGCCUCUGCCGGGGCAGCUCAAACAGAAGCCCUCUCCCUAGCACAUUGCCCCACUCCUUGGCUCUUGUUCACACUACAUCUGCAAAUGCUGCCGAAGACACAUUCUAAAGCGUUACACAGACCACAGAGAACCAGAUCCCAUCCAUUUGCUUUUCUGUGGUGGUGGCAGCAGGAGAUCAUCAGGAGCUGCAGACAUCAAUGGGAAUGACCCUGUACACUGUGGGGAGAACAGGUGAGGUCAUCUCCCAGCUUGAAUACCAACAGUGCCCCCAAGUGCUUCCCAGUUGGAGGUUUCCUUUGUGGCAUAAUGCGUGUGGAAAUGGCAGCUAUGUAAGCGAGAGCCUGGUGUGCUGCAUUUGGGUAUCUUGAUGUUACUUGUACUUGGCUUGGGAGUGAGAUAUUUCUCUUAUUUGGGACCACUCGUUUCGAAGUUACAGCGUAUGGCAAUAGUGACUACCUCUGUCCUCCAUUUCAGGCCUUGUCAAUCAUAUUUACCCUUCCCCUUCAGGCUGAAACCACACUCUUGGAACACUGCUGCCUGUUCCCCACUGGAUUUGGCUCUGUCUUUGUACACCUGUUUUCAAAAGAGCAGGAACUAUUUCUGGUAAUCCUCCUUAGGAAGGUGGCUCAUUCACUACAUUGUUUACCUCGCUAGAUUCACUAGAUUGUGAGACAGCAUCAGAGCUCGGGAAACCCAGUCAAACAUCUGUGCCUGCUUUUGGUUCUCUUUCAAAGUGGAUUCUUGCAGUCCUUUCGUAAUCUAGCCCUGGGUCUUGCUGUGGAGUAUGGGGUCCAGAGUUUGCUGUUCAGAGUGCUCAGAACUCAUGAAGCCUUUUAUCUUUAGAGAGCCAAGUCUUUUAGGACUCAAGUUUUGUGUUAAUCUGUGUUUUUAAGCGACACUGGCCCUUUCGCUGUGGUGGGACAGUGGAGGGAGAUCACCAGGUCCAGAGUGUUCAUGUCAGAUUUUGCUCCCACCCACUCAUCUUCAUAAAACGGAGACUCUGUCUUACAAGAAACUUGGAUCACAAGUUUCAGGAAAUUCUGGGCUGUUGUGAUAGCACAACAAAAUGUUCUAUGACUAAAUUAAAAGCAAUAAUAAACUUUAUCCUAUGAAUACAAA